AGAGGGCAUGGUCGGUUCAGGAAGAAGUAGAUCCAGUGCCAUGGGGCAUUCCAGGAGCCGUUGGGCGGCCAUUUUAAUUGCUUUUUAAAAGGUUUGAACUUCGAAAACCCCCAUUGCAAGAAAAGGGUAAGGUGAGUAGGCCCAUUAAUUUUUUUUUGGAAACUGACUAUUAAUAGCAGUGACUAUCCAUUCCACAGUUCAUGACCAGGUCGAGAUCUGGGUCAGAUUAUGAAUUUAUGACAUCUAAAUAAGGUAAGCAUUAAAAAAUGGCUUGUAAUGGUAGAUUUUUUGGUACAGGCCGCGUAAUUUCAUUUGUUGGUGAUUCAACAACAGGUUUGGAAAUAAUAUGAACCUUCUUGUGGCACUGUCAUUUCAUCCUUAAUUGACAAAAUUACAAAAGAGACAGCAUUUCAUAAACUAUAUACAUGCGUGUACUUCACCUGUCAAAAAAGGCAAAGAGAGAGCCGUUGUUUGUAAAGGAGAAAAAAAAGAGGAUCACACUUUCCAUGAUUUGGUCUGCAUGAAAGAGACAAUCUUGGGAGCUCCUCUUUGAAAUUAGACGAUGAUUCAUAAGUGGGUUUUCCGCUAAUCAAUCAUUUUUACUUGGAAAUCUUAUCUGGGUUUUUUUUUCCCUCUCUGGUUUUGGGUUAUUGUGUUUGAUUUAGAAAGAGAUUUGGGUUUCUUGAAAAGAGACGAGAUCAAUCUUUUUUUGUUGAGUGGUGUUAUUGUUGUGGCUACUAGUUGGUGGGUCUCUGUGUGGCGUUCUUAUCAGCUGAGGCUGCUUGCCUUACAGAUCAAGUCUGGUUGUUUGUCUGCUCUCUAACAGUUGUUAGUAGAAACUGUCUUUGUAUUUAAUUCAUGACGAUUAGAGAUUACAGUCUCUAGGUUUCAUGGAGGAAAGUAAUAUGAAUAAGGGACGGCUUGAACAAGAUAUUAUAGAUCUUGAAGAAGCGCUUUGCGCACAACAAGAACUCCUGCAAAAGCUUUAUACUGAGUUGGAAGUGGAAAGAGAGUCCUCAGCCACUGCAGCAAGCGAAGCUCUAUCAAUGAUAUUGCGCCUACAAGGAGAAAAGGCGACGGUGAAGAUGGAAGCAAGUCAUUAUAAGAGAAUGGCAGAGGAAAAGAUAGAGCAUGCCGAGGAGUACCUUGAAAUGUAUGAAGAUCUUAUCUAUCAGAGAGAAUUGGAAAUCGCCUCUCUCGAGUACCAAGUUCAGGCUUAUAGGUGCAAACUUUUAAGCAUGGGUUGCAGAGAUUUGUGUGACAUUGAAAAUAAGUUUCCAGAGAACCUGCUUGCGCAAAGAAGUGAUACAUUGUCCGGCGAAGCAGACAUUAUGAGCAAUUUAAGAAGACUGAGGUCUAUGCCUGCACUUGCUAUCAAAGAUCCUUAUCUCAUGAAGAGUACCAUAGAAAGAAAAAGAUCAGCAGUCCCAUUGCAAGAUUUGAUGCCAAAGAUAGUUGAGGAAGUUGAAAAUGAGGUAGUUAAUGCUGAAGUAUUGACUUUGGAGGACAAAUCAGGAAGUCCUACUGCUGGUGACUUUAAUUCGUAUUGGCAGCAGAUCAGACACUUAGAAGAGCGAGUUAAAGAGAUAUCUGCUUGUAAAGAUUCUAGUAGAGAUAAAUCUGGAAAUUGGAAGCGUAGAUCCGGGUCUUGUACAUUGAUUUCUCAAGAAAGCAACACCGCAUCUCGAGAUCCAAUUAGAGACAUGCUUGUUACAUUAAGUCAAGACAAAAAUCAAGAAAACUUGUGUGAAGCUGAAGAUGUUAAAACUUUUGCUUGUUCAUCAACGGUCCAUGAUGUUUUUGAAGUUCCGGAGAGUAAAGAAAUUUGCGAAGGUCGUGAACACCAAAAGAAAGGAUGGAGAAAGUUGAUUUCGGAAAGUGAGAACAGGCUUAUAAAGCCAGAUAUGGCAUUUGAAGCUACUUUGGAAUCAUCUGUUAAAGAUGCAAAAGAUGCGGCUAAGAAAAUGCUGCUUUGUGCAAACCAAGAGAAGCAAUUAACUAGACUGAGACGUGAGAGGAGUGUGGACUUCAAUUUGCCACUUGUUCCACCAAAACCUGCUGCUGAAUCUCGAGCCGACAUUCAACUACUUCAUCAGAGGAUUGAGCAACUUGAGAGGGAAAGACAUAAUGUCAGCCAAGAGAUUACGCGAGAGCCACUGGAUUCAAAGCUGUUGGAGGAUAUACAUGGGCAGCUUAAUUUAAUAUUGUCAGAAAUGAGAAGCUGGAGAUCUAAGAAAUCUCCCUCUCUUCCUGAAGAUUCAUCCCUAGCCUCUCUACAGGAGGCAAUGCUGUAUUUCUGGUUUUAGUACAACAAUUUAUCCACCUCAGACAAUCACCGUGAAUUCCAGUCAUCAUCGGUUUCCGUGUGUUCUGCCAAAAGGACUUGUAAGAAUAUCUUUGAAGUUUUCCAAUGAUUGGUGUGAAAAGUGAGUUUUGUAUAUAAUAAUAUAAAAAAUAUAGGUUAUAUGGCCUAAGCAAUUUUCCAUAGGAUCAUUCAAGGCAGGCUAUCAUAUAUUUUAUUCUUACUUCUGUAGAAUUAAUGGUUUUAUGUAGUAUACAAUUUUACUUAACCCCGAUAGUGCUUUGCAAUCUGAAUGUUGUUGUUUCCCAUUA